CAGAAAUGUUUUAUCGACAAAACAAAGUGGAAUGAAUUUCAAGCUACAUUUAAUAGGCUGAUAAUACUCACAAUUAAAUGAAUAUCGAGUGAUAAUCCUUGUAAGAAUUCUUAAUAAUCGGUAACAACUGGAUAAUGGCAUCAUCAUAUGGACAUCGAAAAAUCAAUAUAUCAAAGUUUUUGGUCACACAACAUGUUAACAUUAAAAAGUGGUGCAGAAGUAGUAGAUAUUCGGAAUCUUUUCAAAUUUUGAAGAAGAAAGAAUUAAAGUUAAGUUGUCUCAGAAGUGUUUUGCAAGUGAUUGUGCAUUUUAAAUUAAAAAGAAAGUGUUUGAAUUUAACCAAGGAUAUAAAGAUGCCCCAAUCAGAAAAUAUGAGCGGGGGUUACGUAUCUCUCAAUGAAGGAUCAAAUGUUUAUAACUCAACAACGCAACCAAAACGAACAAAUACAGUAUUAGAGUCGGUCAAAAAAGCGAUUGGGCAUGCUAUAGGAGCACAGGAUUCAAAUUAUUUAAUAAACGGCAACGACAAUGCAAAAAUAGUAGCAUCGAAACUAAAUGGAAGAGAGUUAAAAGAAAUAAAAACGAUAAGUAAAAAUACUUCAAUCAGAAUGCCGUCAGCUCCAACGCCACACAGUGCUGAAUCAGCUCGUUUAUUGGGAACAAUGCCAGCUGAGCUUGACGACAUCGAAUUGCGUUCCGUACAAUUACAACAGUCCCACUCUCGCGAUUCAAUAAGCAAUGCAUGCGAUUUACGACGCGUUCCAACUGAUAAAGGCGACAUUAUGGUAGCGAUUCAGGGCAACAUAUCAAAGCCAGCAAUCUUAACAUUGCACGAUUUGGGAUUAAAUUAUGCAUCGACAUUCACUGGUUUCUUCAACUUUCCAACGAUGAGAGCACUGCUAGAAAAUUUUUGUGUUUAUCAUGUCACUGCGCCGGGACAAGAAGAAGGAGCUCCAACAUUUCCCGAAGACUACGUGUAUCCAACAAUGGAUGAACUUGCGACACAACUUCUUUUCGUCAUGUCUCAUUUCGGUUUGAAGUCGAUCAUUGGCUUCGGUAUUGGAGCUGGUGCAAAUAUUCUCGUACGAUUUGCACUUGCACAUCCAGACAAGGUCGGUGCAUUGUGCCUAGUGAAUUGCAGUUCAACACAAGCUGGUUGGAUAGAAUGGGGAUAUCAGUCAUUAAACACGAGAAAUCUCAGAUCAAAAGGCAUGACGCAAGGUGUUCUUGAUUACUUGAUGUGGCAUCAUUUUGGACGUAGUCCAGAAGAAAGAAACUUGGAUCUCGUACAAAUGUAUAAAUCUUACUUUGAGAGAUCAAUUAAUCCUAUCAACUUGGCACUUUUUAUCGAUUCCUAUGUGAAACGAACGGACAUGAACAUUGCAAGAACUCCAUCUGGUAGUCCACAAGCUGCUGCUACGCUGAAGAUGCCUGUUUUAAACAUUACUGGAUCAUUGUCACCACACAUCGACGACACUGUUACAUUUAAUGGACGUUUGGAGCCAACGAAAACCAGCUGGAUGAAAAUAAGCGAUUGCGGAUUAGUUCUUGAAGAGCAACCAGGAAAACUCGCCGAGGCAUUUAGACUUUUCUUACAGGGUGAAGGCUAUGAAAAAGCCUAAUCGUCUUCAGACAAAUUAGAAUUCUCAAUGAAGUGAUAAGAUAAAAAAAAUAUCCCAGUUCAUUUGCAUAACAUCAUAAGACAUGCAUCUUGCUUCUAACAAAAUACUCUACUCUUCACCAAAAAAUAAUAAAACUAUUUGAAAAAAAAAUUCUGUAAGUGUAAACUAAUUAAAAAUUCAACAAAUUAUACGUUUGGCCAUCAGCACCAUCCAAACUGUUCAUGUCGCAACACUAUUUGAAAUUUCAUUUAAAGAGCUUUAUUUGCAACAUCACCAAUAAAGCUAACGUGGAUGAUUACAAUGGAAACAAUGUUGAAACAGAAACCGAUUUGAUGAACGGAAACACCAAGUUUAAGAAAAACUUCAUCUGUCAUCUUCAAGAAUCAACUGGGAAAAUUAGAAUUACCGAGAAUCCCUUGCCGGAAAGCGUUUUAAACUGCUAGAAACCUCCUUUUUGCUUAACGUAUGUUACUGUUGAUGCAACGAGAAUUUAUGUGAGAUAAUAAAAUGAAGAAUAAAAAAAAAUUCGUUUAGAACGAAAUGCUUUAUGCGAAGCGAUAUCAAAAGAUACUGAAUAUCAAAAAUAUAAUCUUUUCAUUUUGAAAAACUGUUUUUAACUUCGAUUUUUUCAAAAAAGUUUUUAGAAUGUUUUAUUUCGUAGGUAAUUAUAAUUCCAAAUUGAAAAAUGUGAAAUUAAAUUUUAUUUUUAUAAAUCGAGUAAAUGAUGCAAGUAACGAUGAUUUGAAUGGGAAUUUAAGUAUAAUGAUAAGUAAUAAGAGGAUUUAAAGGAAGCAAGAAAGACAAUUGAUCGAUAAUAAAUCGAUAAUUUUCAAUUUGGAAAAGCUACGACUAAGAAGCAUCGAUCUGAUAGCAUAAAAUAAGAAGAUCACGAAAUAUUAUGAAAAUGCAUAUCCAAGUAGCAAUUAAUUAAUUAUUAACUUAUCAAAAUAUUCUUCCCCUCCUGAUUUCACUAUUAAAUCAACAAAUUAAAUCCUUAAAAAUAUUAUAAAUUAUCUACUGAUGAAAAUGUUUUAAACAUUAAAACUGCCACAACACAAUUCUUUUUAAUUACUUACACAACUUUUGAAAACCUAAAGUAUGAAAUGAAUUUAUAAGAAUGUUUGUCAAUAAAGUUUUGACAUGCUUAAAGCUUGUCAUAAUGGACAUAAUUUCAAUGAAAGAAAGACGAAGAUGCUACUAUUUAAUUACAUCAACAAAUGAUGCUUUGAUUAUAAAUACUCAUUAAAUUGCAGCUAUUUAUAUUUUGAAUAGUGUUCGACAAUGAAAUGGAAAUCAAAAGAAAUAUGCUUUUAACAAGAUUAAACUCCAUUAUAGCAUCAUUUGUAGCAAAAGGCCAAUAGAAUUUCACAAUUUUAAUUAAAAGACUUUUUAACCUUAUCGCUUCUUAAAAGUUACCUAGAUGAAUCCUCUUAAAUAUUUUAUUUUACUGUCUCGAUGACAUUGGCUAACAAAAGAAAAGAAUAUUAAGACACUAGAAGCUUUGAUAGUUACAAAUUAAUUCUAAGUAUAAAAGUUAUCCUUAAAAAAUCUUUGUAGAUUAGAAGAGCUUUUAGGCGAGGUUGCUAAAUCGAAGCUAAAUUUACGUUAAACGACUUGACGAUUCGGCAUUUAGUUAAUACGAAAAAUAGUUCAAAAUAUCAAAAAUUUGUUAUGACAGUGCCUGAUAUUUUAUUUCGAAAUUUUCUGGGAUAGCAUUAUUCUAGUGUUUUUAAUAAACAAUCUGAUUUUAAAUUGAAUAAAAAUUUUUUUUUUUUUUGAAGAAAAAUGAAACGGAGGACUAUAAUGUAAAAGAAACUAGCACGAAGCUUUAAUAAAACUCAAAUGAAUU